AUGAUGAAUAUAGGAUUCACUGGCCCUGAUUUGAACGCCAGGAGCUCGUUGGAGGACAUUUUACGCCUUGAUCUUCGAGCAAACGGGGGAAUCCCCGAAGCUACCAGCCUACCGGAAUCCGAAUCUGGUUAUUCAGCAACUCAAGAAGCAAGCGGCCGAGAAAGCGAAGAUGAGAUUGGGCGCUCAUUGUACGCACUGCAAAUGUUCGACGCACCUCUCAUUCCCUCCGCUGUUAGACUGCCUUCAUCUGAUAAUUUGCCAAUGGUCCAACAGCCCGAGAGGAAGAGAAGGAAGGAGGAAAAUAAAUGCCCACGCUUCCUUUAUAAAGAUAUCAUUCAAAAUGCGAGCAAGGCCCUGGAUCAUAUCGCAAACGGGAAUCUGCAGGCAGUGUCCCGCCAUGAUAGGUCAUCAAUAAUUUACUACGAUUACCUUUGCGACGAAUCUGUCUACUCACAGCCUAUUGAGGAUGCCCGGGAACUCCCGUCGCUGGGAGAUAGGACCGAUGUACGCCAUAGGCUGAUUUUAGUGGAGGACCUCUCUCAAAGUACAAUCAAAAUUCUUGCAACAAGAUUCGGAAUAAAUCCAGAAUUCUUCGAAGAGCACCUACUAAACUCCGGAUAUUCGGGAGCGAACUUUAAUCAGCCAUUAUCCAAGACAUGGAGAACGGGCUCGCUGCGAAAGUCCUAUGUCUGCAUGAAGUGGUUCCGACCCGUUUGGAGGACACCUACAUACUUCUCCAGUCGCGACAUGCCCGACCUGCUCCGUGACAGAACAGAGCAUUUCACUCGCAGCGGUAAACUUACCACCAGAGUCGAAACGAACAUAUUUCGUUUGGAGUGGGAUCUAUGGACCGAUCCUGCCAAAACAAUACGAGUGAGCAGAGAAUGUGGCUGGGAAGAGAAAGUUUCCAUCUGGAAAGGGAGCCUGCCCGAUCAAGAUUUGAUUGUCCUCCUUGAUCCCCUUCCUUGGAUCAGUGAGCAGCAGGGAUUGAUCAAGAAAGAACCUCCACAUCAGCCAGAACGUUCUCAAGAAACAUCGCGUCCACUUCCCGAUGCAGGGGAUGACGGCAACCUUGUAGAGGGCGGUGCAAUUUUUUCAAGGACAAACGAGGAUGAUCUGUCACGGCGUACGAAGAAAAACGGAUCGACAAAUCCAUUUAAGCGACGAGAAAAACCUAAAUACGUCGAUAAGGAUCCAGUACGCAGGUGCAUCAUCGAGCAGAUGGCCCCGCGCCAGGAAAUGGCAGUCAACCUGGACCAAAUAUUCCGAAAUGAAGAACCGACCCUUGAAUUCCUUGCUUCAUUGACCCGGACCAGAUCUACGCGCGAUGAGCUCUGCGAUGCAUUGAAGCCUGGCGCUGGUCACAUUAGCCUGGCAUUUCCCUUGCUACAAAUAAUAUGCCGGGACAUGUUCACCCUGCUCAAGCAAUUGUGCCAGACUCUUGAUGAAAUAGAUAUUGAAAUCACAGACGAUACACGGAUGGAAGAUCGCCUGUACCUAUGGCGCCAGAUCAUCAGUCGUGCACAACGAGAGCUCCCUGAGUUCACUGCAUCUAUAAAGCCCCUUGUUGCUUUCGUGGCAAACAUUGGCCCCAGUGGUGCUCAUGAGGACGGGCCAGAGAAUGUAUCAAAUGGAAUAUUAGACCUGAAGACUCUCUUGGAAGAAAUCCAGCGAGUGCUGGAGCGGUUACGAGUCACGUCGGUCUCUUUGACAUCCAACAUGGCGCUUCUUGAUAGUCACAGAUCCAUUGCUGAAGCACAUGCAGUGACAAGACUUACUGAGCUGGCCUUCAUAUUCAUUCCUCUCUCGUUCGCAGCAACUGUCUUUGGGAUGCAGAUUGAACCAUUUUCCAAUCCAGUUCCUGCUAGUUAUUUCUUCGCUGUGGCUGCUGUAGCAACAGGUUUUUCAUACACUAUGCGAAUUGUCAUGCGCAGCCAAUGGCUCACACAAAUGAAGAUAGACAUGAAAGCCGACAUCAGAAAGUAUGCCGAGAAAAAUGGAAUUUCUGUCAAACCUCGAUCGCUUUCCGGCGAUCAGUAUGACUUGGAUAGCGACUCGGUGGCUUAA